AUGCUGCUGCCGGGGCGCAAUGGCACCGCGUGGUUCGGGCAGCAACAGCUGGCUCCCGGAGGCGCCCUGGGGGACUCGGGGGAGGCGGCACCUCUGAGGCCCUCGCAGGUGGUCACCGCCUGCCUCCUGACCCUGCUCAUCAUCUGGACCCUGCUGGGCAACGUGCUGGUGUGUGCGGCCAUUGUGCACAGCCGCCACUUGCGCGCCAAGAUGACCAAUGUCUUCAUCGUGUCUCUGGCCGUGUCCGACCUCUUCGUGGCUCUGCUGGUCAUGCCCUGGAAAGCCGUCGCUGAGGUGGCCGGUUACUGGCCCUUUGGGGCCUUCUGCGACGUCUGGGUGGCCUUCGACAUUAUGUGCUCCACCGCUUCCAUCCUGAACCUGUGCGUCAUCAGCGUGGACCGCUACUGGGCCAUCUCUAAGCCCUUCCACUACCAGCGCAAAAUGACCCAGCGCGUGGCCUUGAUCAUGGUCGGCCUGGCCUGGACCCUGUCCAUCCUCAUCUCCUUCAUCCCAGUCCAGCUCCAUUGGCACAAGGACAAAGCAGGCUCCUGGGGCGACAUGGACCCGCCAUCCAACCUGACCAACGGGACGUCCUGGGAGGAAGCGAGGGAGCCAGAGGAGAGGGGGAAGAACUGUGAUUCCAGCCUGAACCGAACUUACGCCAUCUCCUCCUCGCUCAUCAGCUUCUACAUCCCGGUGGCCAUCAUGAUCGUGACCUACACGCGCAUCUACCGCAUCGCGCAGGUGCAGAUCCGCAGGAUCUCCACCCUGGAGAGGGCCGCGGAGCAUGCGCAGAACUGCCGGGGCCGCGCGGCCUGCGCGCCAGACGCCAGCCUGAGGGUCUCUAUCAACGCAGAGACCAAGGUUCUCAAGACCCUGUCGGUGAUCAUGGGGGUCUUCGUGUGCUGCUGGCUGCCCUUCUUCAUCCUGAACUGCCUUGUGCCCUUCUGCAGCGGGCACCCGGAGGACCUGCAGGAGGGCCUCCCCUGCGUCAGCGAGACCACCUUCGACGUCUUUGUCUGGUUUGGCUGGGCCAACUCCUCCCUCAACCCCAUCAUCUACGCCUUCAACGCGGACUUCCGGGAGGUGUUUGCCCAGCUUCUGGGGUGCAGCCCCCUCCGCUCCCGCACGCAGGUGGAGACGGUGAACCUCAGCAUGGAGCUCAUCUCCUCCACCCAGGACACCGCCUCCUGCAAGGAGAUGGCGGCCGCCCACAGCCGCAUGAUCCCCAACGCCGUGAGCCUGGGGGACAGGGAGGCGGACAAGGACGCGGAGGGCCCUCUUGAUUGUGUGGCCCAGAUCUCACGGGCCCCCCCAGACGGUGACCCUGCCGCCGAGUCUAUCUGGGAGCUGGACUGUGAGGGGGAGAUUUCAUUAGGCAAAAUAACUACUUUCACCCCGAGUGGAUUCCAUUAA